AAAGCGCAGUGCGAAAUACCAGCGCAGUCCGAAGUAUCAGAUCAGAUAUAGGCCUAAGCGCAGUCCCAAAUAUCUGCUUCAGCUUUGACUUGUGCAUAGUGCUGUACAGACAUCACAGAAAGGUGGGUGUUUUUCUUCGUCCCGCUGUAUACACACAGUAUUCUACCCCCGUUUCUCUUGCACAUUUCUGCGUCCUGUUUGAAGAACGUGGUCUUACCGUCUUCUAAUCUGAAGUUUCGGGAAACUGAACAUGGAUAGAGUGACAAAGACCAAGCUUGCCUUCGUUGUUUCACUCCACGUGAAACAUUCCAAGGAAGGGGUGCGGUCAAUUACGCACAGGUUGGCUAUGGAACACUUCGACAAGCUGAACUGCUCACCGGACGACCAUGUCCUGUACGUCGGCUAUGGUGACGAGGCGGUGAUUUUGGCCACCAGAGCCAACUCGGUUGUAGUUAUUGAUUUGGACCCUACUCUCCUCGAGAUCGGGAAAAGCGACCGCCCAGCUGACAACGUGGAAUACCUGCAGGAUGACCUAGGGGAAGGGAGCCCCCACUUGGCCAAUUGGGGAGAGUCUUUCAGCCAAGUGGUCAGCAUCGUCCGCGUCAUGUUCUACCCGAAUGUCCCUCUCGUCCUGAGAAACAUGGUGGGAUGUCUAAAACCCGGCGGGCAGUUGCUGUGCGUCAUUCCCAACAACGACUUCAACUUCUUUGGAGGGGCAGCUAAAGUUAUCGAGGAUCAUCCGGAAUGGGGGCAGCGAGUUAAGAAGUCGAAUGUGACCCUGUGGAACCACACCGAGGAACAAGCAGAGGAGUUCUUCCAAGGCAUCUGUGAUUGGUCUGAACUGUCCUGCAAAACUCAGCGGAUUGAUUUCGGUCUGGCAGAGAAAAAGGCCAAACUGGUAUUACUUGAUGCUCUGGAUGAAGUAAACCAAGUUGGUUCAUCUCACCAGGAGGAGUGCCUGAAGACCCUGUGGCAGUGGGCCCUUAAUGAGUAUGGAUGCACCGAGGAUGGCUGUCUCAAAAAGCCCUCCGAGUUUAUGGUGAUCUACGGAGUCAAGAGAACCUGAAAGAUUAGCUUUGACUUCGAUACCUCCAUGUGCCAUGAGGGGCACAAGUUAACUUUGUUUUGGUGACAAGGCUGUCUUUCUCCUCCGUUAGUUUUGGUGAAGGCGGAUUUUUAAAGAAUAUGUAUUUCAAAAACGUUUAAAUCAUUAUGUAUACUCGUGUGUAUAUUACAUGGUUGGUUGUAUAUAUUACAUGGAAAGAGCGAAUCACAAUGCAAUGCUCAAUCGAAUGCAAGAGGGUACCAAGUCGCGGAGAGGUCAUUUAUUGGGUGAUUUGGUACCACCCGGUCACCUAUUAAAAUUGUUCGAAUUAAUCUUUCUCCCCUUCUUCCUUUUUUCCCCUGCAAUAACUCCCCGCGGCUUUUCUUCCAAACUUGAAACUUUGAACAAAUACCAACCCUGAUCCCAAGGUGUGCAUAUAACUGUGACGUCACGAUGACGUCAUCGGGUAUCAAAUUACACCCGAUUUCUGUUAAAAAACUGACAAGUUUCAUUCAUUUAUAACUCAUGAACAAAAUAAACAACCGUGUUCGCACUUUGGGUACGCGAAGUUGCUUGACCUAUACACCUCUUGGGUUUCCGGAAGGUCAAGGUUAAGUGAAUUGAAAUUACAAACAUAAGCCUCAAAAUCAAAACAACCCAAUUUCUUUGAAUUGGAUCAUUGGCUGAAGAUGAAACCUGGUAUAAAGAUGAACCCACUGUCCAAAUAUGUAAAACUAAAUGUGACGUCAACACGAAUAUUAAAUUACUAGCGAUUAAAUUACGAGGGUCAACAUUUGGAUGAUUAGUUUGCACUAUAACUUUUGAACUGAGUGGCGUUCCACUUUUUAUAUAAUUUUUUUAUUUCAAUACGAUUUGUCAAACUUUACCAAAUCGACCAUAACAUUAUUUGGACAACCGCUUAUUAACUUUUCAUUAAUCAAGUUAAAGUAUUUCAUACUAAUUUGGUAGUUUGUUUUUUGAUGUUUGCAAAUAUUGUAUACCAUUAAUAAUGUUUUCCAGUCCGAAUUCGCCAGGUUGGCAUUAAAAAGUUUUUUGUGCAUUAAUUUUA